GGUUCGUUUAUAACAAGUUUCUGGGCGCUGCUGAGGGAGCGUGGAAAUGGCAGCGGGGGGAUCGUACAGUAUAGUGGAGUAUUUCGGGGGAGAUGACGGCUAUCGCUGCGGUUACUGUAAACAUGAAAACGGCAAUUUCUCACACGGCAUGUGGUCCCAUACUAUGACAGUGCAGGACUACCAAGAUCUCAUCGACAGAGGCUGGAGAAGAAGUGGCAAAUAUGUUUACAAACCUAUUAUGAAUAAGACAUGCUGCCCACAGUACACCAUCAGGUGCCAUGCUUUGAACUUCCAUCCAUCGAAGACUCACAAAAAGACCUUGAAGAAAGUGAAUAGGUUCCUCUCCAAAGGAGAGAUGCCAGUAGAGAAGCAUGAUGAGGGUCAACAUGAAGGAGAGCCCAUGGACUCUGUGCAUGAAGAGGGUGUUCAACCACCUCCUCAAGACCCUCUGAAAAUAGACCACAGUGAAGUACUGGACAUCAGUACCAGUCCAGACACAGACACCACCAACUCAACUGCACCAACAACGCCCAGAGACGACGCAGAGAAAACCACUAAUGUUACACCCAAACCAGGUAAGGGAGUCGAUCCCAACAGGCCUUUGUGUCGGAAAGCUAAGGACCUCAGGAAAGAGAGACGACUUCAAAAGGAGCAACAGAAGCAGCAAGAAGCAGUGUCUUCCACUGUGAAUCCCGCCCCAUCAAAAUCUUCAUCUAAUCAGCCCAAAUCAUUGGAGGAGUUCAUUACAGAGUCCUUACCCAAUGACCCUCUGCACCGUUUGGAGGUGAGGCUAGUGCCGGUCAGCUUUGAAGACCCUGACUUCCUGGCGUCGUAUGAGCAGUCAGCGGCGCUGUAUGCACGCUACCAGAUAACAGUUCACGGUGACACUCCGUACGAGUGCGGGGAGAGCGAGUUCAAGAGGUUCCUCUGUGACUCUCCUUUAGAGGUUUUUCACAUAACAUAUUACAUAAAUGGAAAGAAAGCUGUCAAACUACAUGGGAGUAAUGGGCAAGAGGAGAUUGCCUUCACCAGGCAGUUGCAGCAGCAGUCGCCCAAACUUUCCUACUACUAUCUGGGUUUCUACGUCCAUUCGUGUCCCAAGAUGCUCUAUAAGGGUCAGUACCGGCCUUCAGACCUCCUGUGCCCUGAAACGUACACUUGGUUGACCAUCGAGAGAUGCAUUCCUCGCCUUGAUAUCUCUGCUUACUCUCGUCUCAAUGAAAACGCCCGAGCAGGUGAUGCUCGCGCACUGAAGGAACUGGGCAGGGUGUUAGUGCUCCACAGGAGGACAGUGAUGCCCUAUGCGGCCUACGCCCGUAAGCGGAAGGGUUCGAACGACGAGAAGGAAGUGGAGCAGUACGCUAGUCUGGUGGGCCAGACGUGUGCAGAGAGAAUCCUGCUCUACAGAGCCUAGAGCCCCUUCAUACCUUACAACCAUCUGUCUGUCUCUCUUUCUUUCUCUCUGUUUGUCUUUCAAAACAUGUCCUCUUGUACACUUGUCUGUUUAUUGUCUUCCUGAUUGUUUAUUUGUCUGCCAGAAGUCUUUUCCCCCUCUGUGUGUACAGUUUUGUUCUUUUUUUGUACUGCUGU